AUGUCGAAGGGCGAAAGGAGCGAUACCACUGUCGGCUCUGCAGGAAAUGGUACCCUUCAUGGACUGCCAUCUACUCGCAUUGUCAAAAUACCUCCCGUCACACAUGGUGCCCAACUUGCGAGCUGGUACCAGGAACAUCGAGAGGACUUGGAGUACCAACGCAUCUGUUUCGACUGCGAAGACGUGGACUUCUCCGAUGAGGAUGCUCUGAACCAGCAUCGAACCGAAUCACACCUUUGGUGCCCGGAGUGUGAUCUCGUGCUGGCCUCGAAAGAGAUUUUCGAUCAGCAUACCAUAUUCCAGCACUUUGGCUGCGAGAUCUGCAUUCGAGUGCUUGAUGGUGAAGAUGUUCGGCGCGAGCAUAUGAGAGCACACCCGUCGCGCAGCUUGCAAUGCAAUCUCUGUGGCCGUUCCUCUUCGCGUUUCUCGGCCAUUAUCCAGCACAUGGAAGCGAGCAGCCACUGUAGCGACUUCGGGCGAGUCCGUCAGAUGGUGGAGCAAACGCCAGACAGCGAGAAGUUCUACGACCGCUCGGCUGGGGAGUUUCCUCUUUACUGUAUGGAAUGCUGCAACGUCUAUGCAAACCUCGGCGGACUCGCACGGCAUAUUGAAUGUUCCCCCGACUGUCUCUUUCUCUUGGGUCCUGGGUCUUGCCUUGCCGGCCUGGAGAGGCUUAUCGGCCGACGAGACCCGCACAGAUGA